AUCAUCACCGUAGCCUCGUCAUGGACUUGCGCCUCAACCAACUUUACAACAAUUCCAAACGAUCUCCGCCACCGCCUUCGUCGUCUUCACCGCUGCCACUCGACAGUUACGAACACCACGCAGAAGCAGCGGCGGCGUCAGCGGCAGCGGCAGCAGCAGCCAGGUUCUACUCGUCGGACCGUCCCACUCCCCCGUCUCACAGAAUGCUGGAUCAACACACGGGCAGCACCUUCAUUCCAAUGGCUGCUGACUACGGCCACUUCUGCGACACCGCUCUGAAACAGGCAGGAGCUGCAGGAGGAGACUUCCACCACGGCCACUUCCCUUUCACGGCCUCGCAAUGGCUGGAGCUGGAGCACCAGGCGCUCAUCUUCAAGUACAUGCUGGCAAGAGCACCUGUCCCGGCGGAGCUCAUCAUUCCCAUCCGGAGGGCCUUCUCCCUCUCACCCAACAGUGAGUGUUUUUAUAGAUUUCCCUGAUCUCCCGCGCCUCUUUGUUCGCUUUCGUUUCUCCCUGGCCACCGACAUUGGCCUAUCUUCAUCAUCGUCUCAUCCUGUGGGUCCUUGGAACAGUUCAGUCACAUUUUAGAGAGCCGCACCGCACUGUGCCGCUACAUGUUUUUCUGUUCCCAAGACUUGCGCCACCCACGGG